UCCGAGCCGCCGCCGCUCCGCGCGCUCUCGCCUCUGUGGUUUCUCGGCGCGCGCCGCCGGAAGUGGCGUCAGCACGGGGCGACGCCGGAUGUGACGUCAGUGCGUAGCGGCAGCGGGUUGAGGCGGGAGCGGCAGUUGGAGCGGCCCGAGGGGACGGCGCCAUGUCCUCGACGUCACAGAAGCACCGGGACUUCGUGGCGGAGCCGAUGGGGGAGAAGCCGGUGGGGACCUUGGCCGGGAUCGGGGACGUGCUGGGCAGGAAACUGGAGGAGAAGGGCUUCGACAAGGCGUACGUGGUGCUGGGGCAGUUCCUGGUGCUGCGCAAGGACGAGGAGCUGUUCCGGGAGUGGCUCAAGGAGACGUGCGGGGCCAACGCCAAACAGAGCCGCGACUGCUCGGGCUGCCUGCGCGAGUGGUGCGACGCCUUCCUCUGAGCCCCCUCCCCAAAAACGGCACCCCCAGACCCACCCCCGCACCCCAAAACCUCCCCCCGGGUCCCUCAGCCCAGCCCCCGCACCCCAAAUCCUCUCCCGGCACCCCCAAAUCUUCCCCAAACUGCCGGGGGCUCCUUGGAGGGGUUGAGGGCUCCUCAGAACCACCCUGGGGAUCCCAAAACUCACCCAGGGGUCCCAAAACCAUCCUGGGGACCCCAAAACUCACCCAGGGGUCCCAAAACCAUCCUGGGGAUCCCAAAACUCCCCCAGGGGUCCCAAAACCAUCCUGGGGACCUCCCCCCCCGAGGUCUUCAGGGACUCCAAAACCACCCCAGGGGUCCCAAAACCAUCCUGGGGACCCCAAAACCAUCCUGGGGUCCCCAAAACUCACCCAGGGACCCCAAAACCACCCCAGAGAUCCCAAAAGCAUCCUGGAGACCCCAAAACUCACCCAGGGGUCCCAAAAUCAGCUCUGGGGACCCCAAAAUCAUUCUUGGGACUCCAAAACCAUCCUGGGGACACCAAAACCACCCCAGGGAUCCCAAAAUCAGCUCUGGAGACUCCAAAAUUGUCCCAGCCUCCUCCUCACCCCCCCCCCCCACACCUAUGGGACCCCCCCCCAAACCGGUGCUGCCACCCCCAAAACUCAUCCCGGGAGGGAGGGGGUCCCAUGGUGCCACCCCUCCCCCGUCACCCCCAAAACCAGCUGGGGGUGGGGGAGGGGAUGAGGGGGUCCCCGCCUGCCCCUCCCCCCCCCAGCACAGGGUGGGAUUUUGGGGUGCCGUUUGGGGUGUCCCCCUCCCCCACGCCAUUAGUGUUACUUUGGGGUGCCCCCACCCCCCUCCCCUCGUGAGUGGGGUGGUCUGUGUUAUUUUGGGGGUGCCCCCCCCGCCGCCCCCACCCCCGAGUUUGUUUCUAAAAUGAUUUUCUAAACAAUAAAGGUUUUGCUGUGCUGCA